AUGAUGGUUGUACACGAUGAUGCGCACGAUCAUCUACCGAGGAAAGCCAAGGUACCGCGGGUUAUCCUUCUCAAAACAUACGAAGAGAUAUAUCAUAAUGAGUAUAAAGUCGAGAGAAAAGCGAAUAAUGUCUUCGCAUCCAAAGAAAUCGCACCUUGCAAAGGGAGCUUCCACUGGUUCGAUGAGAAGAAAGGCCGCACCAGCACCCUCAUCUUCGAGUAUGCAGAACAUGGUACUCUGCUAGACCUAUAUCUUGAAAGCCAACCACCAUCUUUCCCUGAAGAUAUUAAGGCGUUUUGGGAAGGGAUCACUGGAAUUGCAAAAGGCCUUCACACAAUACAUAAGCAGCCAGGAUACCAAGAUGGAUUACACCAUGAUAUAAAACCAUCCAAUAUUCUGGUCUUUUCAAAGGAAUAUUCAGAAGGCAAGCUUGUUUAUCAUUUCAAAAUCAGCGAUUUCGGCGCCAGUUACUUGAUCCCAACAAAUGCUACAGCCGAGGCCAUAAAUCGGGGCACAACACGAAUUUAUGCUCCUCCUGAGAUCUAUUUGGGUGACAGUGUGCAAUAUAUUGUGGGACCUACACUCGAUAUGUGGUCCAUUGGGUGCAUCAUCAUGGAGGCCGCGGUUUGGCUCGUAUUCAAUGAACGGGGCCGCCAAGAUUUCAGAAGCAAACGCAAGGAAGAGAUCUCAAAGCUGCCAGACCUAGGGGAUCUUGGGUACGGGGAUUGUUUUCACAAUCGCUCUGUUGCCUUGAAUUGCGUAACAGAAUACGUCAAUUUGAUGAAGCUUCAUGGGCGCCCGAGUGACAAGAUUACCCCGGAGAUCGUCAAACUCGCCGUGGAAAAUCUUCUAAUCGAGGAAGAUUCACGAAUCAAUUCUCUCAAUCUUUACAAUAGAUUGCGUACCAUCCUAAAUGAUGAACGCCCCCCUGCGGCGUUGCGCUCAACGCAUUCGGUCGAGGCUCACCCAGCUACACGUUCAUUUACUGGUAGGAGUGAAAUGCCUCCACGGAUCCUGACAGCUCAGCCCCUCCAGGGCGAGCCCGGCAAAAUUUCUCCGCGUGAGAUGUCUGAGGACGAAAGUAUCUCCAAGACGUCUACGCCAUGCUCUAGCUCGACACAGCCAGUUAAGCUCGAGGAGCUUACAGAGUCUAACCCUAGCAGCGCGGAUGAAACGAAGGUAUCUAUCGAUCAGCUAAGUCUGUGGAUACAAUCCAAGAAGACUCGGGGGCAUAAUGAACUGCCUGGGUGGAAGUUGGCCCAAGGUCAACUCAAAGGCCGAGACUUCAAGUACAAAGAGGUAGUGCUCCGAUGGGUUUCAGAACUGAGCUACCUUGUCAAAGACCUUGAUCCCGAUAGAGGCGAAAUCAGAUGCACUUCUGAUUACACGAAAGUUGUCAGAUUCAAGAAUUCCACUGAUGCAAGGAGAUUUAUAUCACAGAAAUUUGCACAUGGAGAGGGGGGCCCAUGCGACAUGGAGAAUGCACUAUUUAGUGUCGCUCACAGCAUACGGGGGGCGGCAUCUACCGGUUCCUCCAGGCUUUCCUUUAUUACUCGCUCCGCAAGCGUUCAAAAGAAAACAACAGUCUUGGUUUUCACUGAUGGCGUCUGGAAUCCUUCGAUUGAAAAUGGUCUUCUGAGCGUGAAUGGGCCUAUUGAAUCCCUGAUUAAGCACAUGAAGGAAAAGGACAUUCCGCGCCCGGAUAUUGCUAUACAGUUCAUACGAUUUGGAUCGGAUCCUGUUGGGAUCAGGCGAUUGGAAUCUUUGGACGAUGAAUUGGGCGAAAAGCACGAGUUGUAA